AUGAAGUCGGCAAAGACUUCGUCGGGGGAUACUCCAUCGAGUCGGAGGUCCCAACCGGUUCGACAGACACGAACCAACCCCCCCCGGGUCUCGUCUGGCCUUCGAGGAUCAGCGAAUGGGCGGGACUCUCUUGUCGGGGGCUCUGCUUCUGACCAACCCAUCGACAUCUACCCUGCCAUAACGUACUUCUCCGAUGCCAUUGCGGCUCUCCCGAAAGAGCUCGUCCGACACUUCACCCUACUGAAAGAGGUCGAUGCCAAGAUCUUCGCUCCCGAGGAUGCGCUCUUCAAACUCGUCGAUGCUGCCAUGAACGCCCCUCCUCCACAACCCCGACCAGUAAACGAUGCGUCCAGCAGUGUCGCUCCUGCUUCAGCUCCGAUGAGUGCGCAGAAUAGUUCCAGUGGAGGACCUCUGGGUGGCCCGGCUCCUCCACCAGCUCCCUCGACCGACGGUUCCUACGCGACAUCCAUCUACGACCCGAGCAACUUUCCUCGGAGACAGCUGUUCCGACAAACGGCCUACAAGAUCCAGGAGAUGCUUGGAUCGUUGGAAGAGAAGAACCAUGUCAUCUCGACCGCGAACGAUGCUCUUCAGAAACAGCUGGCUCGGAUUGACGAUGUCUGGCCUCACGUCGAGAACGAGUUUAGUGACGAGGCGAAGUGGGGGAGCGAUACACAUUGGGCAUACCCUGAGAACAGAGCUGCCACAAAGGCGGCACACACCGAGCGCUCAAGGCGCGAGGGAGCUGCUGCGAUUUCUGCAGCUGCCCAGCAGCUAGCUGAGGAAGCAGCCGCUCGGAGCGACGCACGCAAGCAAGCUGUUCAGGCCAAAAAGAGUCAGAAGACGCAGGCGCAUCUCCAUGAAUCCGAGCUUGAUGACGCUGAAGGUCGCAGCAAGCCAGAAACAAAUAAGAAAGGCCAUAGUGGUGGUAAGGCACGCAAGGCAGCUGAAGCCGCUGCCAACGUUGGCCUGGGAAUCUCAACAAAUGGCAACACAAACGGAACCGCGCCGCAACCCAAGAGACGCAAAGUCGACAAGACCCCUAGCGGCAAUAAUACGGCGGAGCGGGCAAUGAGUACCGUCUUUGGAACAACAGCUUCAAAGGCGAAGACCACAAGCCCGAGAGAGACCCCUGCGCCAGAAGGCGGCGGCCCGAAGAAGCGAAAGGCUCUCCCAACGGGUACUGGCCAAGCAAAGAAAAGCAAGAACGGAGCCGUCGGCAUGUCCCCGUCGGUUGCUUCGUCUCCUGUUCUGAGCAACUUCCCCGACCCAGUGUUACCUAGAGGCUCCCCUGCGCCGACCGUGACCCCUGUACCACCAGCUCCCAAACCUCCUACUACCUCGAAGGUCAAGCAAAGCACUACACAAGCGGCUGUGGAAGGUGGUAAACAGUCUCGGCCGCCGUCGUCUGCAUCGGCAGUAAAACCCAAUGGAGCAGCGCCGCCGCCGCCGCCGAUCCCCGAAGUGGUGCCUCUGACUGUCUUGCCCAAGCCCGCUGCCGAAGUAAAAGCUGCGUCUAAGGAGCCCUCCGCGCCGCCUGUACUGGAGCCUACAAAGAAAGAGCCCGAUACCGCUGAGCCAAGCAUCAAGCCAAGCAUACCGGCGGCGAAGCAAAAGAAGGAAACACCGAAGCCCGAGGAGCCUGAGACGCCCGUCGAGGCAGCAACAACUGCCCAGACAGCCACCGCUGCAACUGUGACAAAGAGCGGACGUGCUAGCAAACCAUCUACGCCAGCAAUGGCAACCUUCCAGGAGGCAGCGAGACCUAAGUCGGCCCGCACUACGGACGGCACUAAGACAAACAAACGGAAGAAGACCAGCGCGGUCAUGAACACAAAGAUGGCCAAGGCGGCGGGCCAGCUCGAAGAAAGUGACGACGUCGAAGAAGCAGAAAUCCAGGCGGGCAAACGCAGCUACGAUUACACGGAGGAUGAGCCGACCUACUGCUACUGCCAAGGUGUAAGCUACGGCGAAAUGGUAGCUUGUGACGCAGCAAAUUGCGAGCGGGAAUGGUUCCAUCUCAACUGCGUAGGUCUCAAAGUGGCCCCGACGGGAAGCUCGAAAUGGUAUUGCGAGGUGUGUCUACAAAAGUUUUCAAGGGCAGGCAAGAAGCUCAGCCACAAGUACAACGUGCUACCGAAUUCCCCCAACAUGUCGGGCAAGCCACGGCCCCCUUACCCCUGA